GAUGCUUCCUGCUCUGUUAGAUCGGAUUCGUAGAUGGCGCAUUGCGUUCACGUGAACUGCUGGCAGAAUUGGCAAGCAAGCCGCCGCCAUUGCAAUGCGUUCUGAAGCAUGACCACGUUUCUCUCGUGAAGGACUACCCCAGGGCACAAACUGUGAGCUGGCAGCUUCAGAUCUCCCAAAAUGCAGAACGGCGUGGGCAGCUCCGGUGCAAAAGCAAACUUGAAGAUUGCCAUUGUGCAUCCAGAUCUGGGGAUUGGGGGCGCUGAGAGGUUGAUCGUGGACGCCGCGGUUGAGCUUGCCAGCCGGGGCCACAGUGUAAAAGUGUUUACAGCACACCACGACCCGCGGCGCUGCUUUGAAGAAACUCUGGAUGGCAGCUUUGGUGUACAUGUCUAUGGCGACUGGCUGCCCCGCCACAUCUUCUACCGCUUCCAUGCCCUCUGCGCCUACCUCCGCUGUCUAUAUGUCGCUUGGGCCGUUGUCCUUCUCUGGGGGUCCUUCGAUGUGGUCAUAGCGGACCAAGUCUCAGCAGUUAUACCGGUCCUCCGAUGGAUGCGGCAGGCGCGGAUUCUGUUCUACUGCCACUUUCCGGAUAUGCUGCUGGCGAAGCGGGAGUCCUGGCUGCGGCGAGCAUACCGAGCGCCGAUCGACUGGAUCGAGGAAAGGACUACAGGCAGCGCGGACCUCCUUCUUGUCAACAGCUCUUUCACCGCGGCCGUGUUCAACCAGACGUUCCGGCACCUGCGGAAAAAGGGCGUUAAGCCGACGGUUCUGUAUCCAGCGGUCGAUCUGAAGCAGUUCGACAUUCCGCCGCCAUCGCCGAAGGAGCAGGAGGGAACGCUAGAGGAGAGCAUCAUGGUUGCGGAUACACUAGAAGGCAUCGGGGGCCUACAUAAGAAAUCGCGCAUCUUUCUGUCCAUCAACCGGUUCGAGCGCAAGAAGAACGUUGGCCUCGCCAUAAGGGCGUACGCGAUAAUGCGCUCGCAGCUGCCAAACGCUAUGGGAGGGGCCUCCGCGAGUUCGGACGGUGCCAGCAGCAGUACGGGCGUCCGAGAAGCGCAGGACUCGACAGUCAAACUGGUCAUCGCUGGCGGCUUCGACGUGCGGCUACGCGAGAACGUGGAACUUUUGGAGGAGCUGAAAGCGCUGGCCCAGGAAAGCGGAGUUGGGGAGGACGUCGUGUUUGUGCCGUCCUUCACGCAGACGCAGAAGAACCUGCUGCUGACCGCGAGCAUCUGCGUCCUCUACACGCCGGAAGACGAGCACUUUGGCAUCGUCCCUCUGGAGGCGAUGGCUGCUCGGCGGCCGGUGAUUGCGUGCAACAGCGGAGGUCCCACCGAGAGCGUCGACCACCAAACGACCGGUUUUCUGUGCCCACCGACGCCCGAUGCGUUCGCGGCCGCGAUGGCGGACCUGCUCCAGCACCCGCAGCUCGCGGAGAAGAUGGGCCACGCGGCGCGGGCGCACGUCGAGCGGAGCUUCUCGCGGGAGGUGUUUGGGUCGAAGUUGGAACACAUGGUGCUUCAGCUGGCAAAUGAGAGAGGAAAGAAGAAGGCCGUAUAAGCCGGACCCCUGUCGACGUGGCUGCAUACAAGCAAGCUCUUGAUAAGCAAAGCCGUUAGAUGUCGGAGAGCCCAGUUGGGGCUUGUGUAAUCCCCGUCAGUAUGCUUGAGAGCAGCAAAUCUCGCAAGUAUACAGCGAAUCCGCAGUGCAGCCGCGGUUUUUAAGUUGUGGGGACUGCCCGUUUUGGGGUCAGAGAGUGCUUUGGAACGCACAUUAUCGUCAAAAGAGAACGUUGGAUUUUUGCCGUAUAGAGUGAGGUACUUGUUUGUAUUGAAAUCUGCACAGAAGAUGAAAUUGCUGUUUACUAGUGUUAAAACGAGCACGUUGUCGCGGCAUUGAAUGCACAUGCAAUGUCGCUAAAGAUCAUCAUCGACCGAAAGGGCCAUUAGUUGUAAAAAGUCUCGAU